CCCAGACAGAUUGGCGUUGGGUGAACCAAGAGCCGCGAAUCGCCGAUGGGGAGUUGAUUUUUGCCUCGCCAAGGACAGCAGCAGAGAACUUUGCUGAAUAUUUUGAGAACCUCUCAUCCGAGAUCGAAAUACAGACACGCCAAAGUGAGGCGCCCGGAGCGGUUCUGUGGCAUCUUGCCGGUUCAGUGGAUGCUGUGGAGGAUGGUAAUCCCGGAGUAGUGCGGACCCUUCCGCUGGGAACCCCUUCUUCAGUAUCAAGAUUCUUUGCCUUGAUUCGGAUGUGGACUCCAUGGCUUGGGCCCAGACAGGGGAAGGGGAAAUUUGAGCUGAAUGAAGAUGCACUAUUGUGCUCAUUUCUUCGAACAGAUGGAGUCCAUGUGGUUCUUCUCGGGGUGUCUGGGAUAGACAACGUUCUGACGGUGCUUGGAUCCGGGGCGAACGGUGAGGUGCUGGUGAAGGCUCAAAACGACAACACAACAUCAGCUCGCUUUCAGAUCUUGGCCUCUGCAGCGGAGGAUUUUGAAGUUGCGAUGAGUGCUCUCAUCUAUGAAGCGCGUAAGUUGGUAAGACCCUAUACUACACAGGAUGUGGUGGAAACAUGUCCGCAAAAAGAUCCAGAAGCACAGUGGCUCUCGACCUGGGCAGAUGGCUUGACGUAUUGUACUUGGAACGGUCUAGGACAGAAUCUCACCGAAGGUAAAGUUCUCUCUGCUCUCCGCGAGCUUAAAAAACAUGGGAUUAAUAUCACGAACCUGAUUAUGGACGAUAACUGGCAAACUCUGGACAACGAAGGAAAGGCGCAAUGGGACCGGGCAUGGAAGCAAUUUGAAGCAAACCCAAAGGCAUUUCCACAUGGUCUUAAGAAGACAGUGGAUGCGAUUCGGGAAGAGAACCGGAAUAUCGACACUAUAGCUGUCUGGCACUCUCUCCUUGGCUACUGGCACGGGAUCUCCCCGGAAGGCGAGCUGGCUGCUCUGUAUAAGACAAAAGAAGUGGAAAUCAAGAAUCCCGGCACUGGAAAGGAUAUCGACGCGAAACGGAGCCCUGUUCUUGCUAUUGACCCGCAAGAUGUCCAGCGCUUCUAUGAUGACUUUUACAGAUUCCUUUCUUCGGCCGGGAUUAACGGUGUCAAGACAGACGCUCAGUAUUUUCUGGAUCUCCUGGUAAACCCCGAGGACCGGAGGAGAUUCACAAGCUCCUAUCAAGACGCUUGGUCCAUUUCCUCGUCGAGAUAUUUCGAUACCAAAGUCAUCUCUUGCAUGUCACUUUUCCCCCAGAAUAUCUUUCACUCCCUGCUCCCAACCAACAAGUUUACCAUACCGGUCCGGAAUUCGGACGACUUCUUUCCUGAUGUGGAAAGCUCUCAUCCCUGGCACCUAUUCUGUAAUGCCCACAAUGCGCUUUUUACAAGAUAUCUCAAUGUUAUUCCGGACUGGGAUAUGUUCCAGACCACUGGCGCAUACGCAGGCUUUCACGCAGCAGCACGAUGUGUCUCGGGCGGACCGGUUUACAUUACAGAUGUGCCUGGCAAGCACAAUCUCGAUUUAAUUAACCAGAUCACGGCCCCGACCAUCCAAGGAACCACAGUGAUCCUCCGACCUAGUAUCAUAGGACGUACGCUCGACAUGUACCACGACCUCAAUGAGGGCCACAUCCUCCGGGUGGGCACAUACACAGGUCGUGCGCCCACAGGAAGCGGGAUAAUCGGCCUAUUCAACAUCGCUUCAUCAACCAAGUCGUGCAUCAUCCCCGUGUCGGAUUUCCCUGGUGUUCACAACCCAGAUGCCCAGUAUGUAGUGCGGGCUCAUACAAGUGGCAAGCUCGCUGAGGGCUUGCACGCCUCCGAUUCUUCCGCAGUUGUCUCCGUGAAGCUAGAUCCGAAGGGCUGGGAAAUCCUUACUGUCUACCCAACGCAAUCUUUUACUUUGAAAGGUGGAAGCGAGCCGACAUAUGUCUCCGUGCUUGGUCUUCUGGGGAAGAUGACCGGUAUUGCAGCGCUUCUAAUGUCUGACAUCUGCAUCGAAAGUAACGGACGACUACGAUUCGACGUUAGUCUCAAGGCCCUCGGUAUUCUUGGAAUUUACAUCUCCGAUCUGCCUCGAUGGGACAUUGAAGAAAAUUGCAUGGUCACAAUCUCGGGUAGAGCAAUCCCCCGGGAGACUGUCCGGAAAAGCGGAGGAAAGAAAGGAAAAGUCCUAGAGAUUGAUCUCCAGACUGCCUGGAAGGAGCUGGGUCUGGAUGCUGGAUGGAGUAAUGAAAUUCGGGCUACGUUGUUUAUCGGAUGAGCGUCCUGAUUCAAGAGAUAUAAAUCAGCACAGAAAUGAAAAUAUCAAUUAUUUGUUUUGGGUACGCUAUACGGUCUACCCACAAUCAAGGAUAUACAUCCACUAAGUAAAAAGG